AUGAUCAUCACCACACGACUCGACGUACCCACACCCAAUCUCGGCACUGACCGCUUACACAGCCGUACAUUCGAUUCCAUACUGCUGGCGCUCAAAAACAACAUGGCGAACGAGUCUAGCGAUCCUACGCCUUCGGCAUCCCCUCCGUCAAAGAACUUUCUGAGGACCCCAACUUCGUGGGACGCACUGGAUGAUGUGCUCUUGAUGCACUUGAAGGACAAUCAGAAGCUCGGGUGGAAGGAAAUCGCGUCCCAUUUCCACAACAGGACGCCCAAUGCGUGUCAGUUUCGCUGGCGGCGUUUAAAAAGCGGGAACUUGAAGAAUCCUCCGAAGAGUGCCGCCGCGAUUGGUAGCCUCGCGGCAACGUCCAUAACGGAGACCCCAAGCCCUUCUCAAGGACCCGGUUCUCCAGCAGGCCUGGCGCCCAAAAAAGCCCCCAAACGACGCAAAUCUGAGACACCCACUUCAUCAUUGGCACCGGUGUACUCUCCUUUAGCCAACACAACCUUCACUGGAUAUGACACGGUGUCGACGGCGCUUGCCGGUUUGAGCGCUUUGUCGUCAACCCUGGGUGCAUCUGUAGGAUCACAACAAAGUGGACUUAUCAACACCACGUCACACCCCCAGACUUUUGACAAUCUGCCCAAACUGGAUGUGGCGUUAGACCCUCAAACACACAGCGCAGCAGCCGCUGGCACAUCUGGAGGCUACUUCACUGACAUUUCCGUGGAUCCUACGCUGAACUUGCCUCAUAAUAGGCCGCAUCCAGUGCCGAUGUCACUGGGAUUGACGCCUCGGUCAUCCAACGUUGACCAGCACACAAUGCCAAUCCAUAAUAAUUCCAUCAUUCAAAUAGUUCGUGAUGAUCGCACAUCUGUGUCGCUGCAACUGCGGCAUUCCAUGCUGAGUCUCCCCUCAAACUCCAUGAACAUUCCGCAUCACCAGCUGAACAACAAUGCGUUGGCCCACUUGCCAGUAUUGUUUGGUGGUAACAGCAUCAGCGGGCCUUCAAGGAACACUUCCAUAUCAGGACCUACGGGGCUCCCACAUUUAGCGUCCACUCUCUCCAGCAUCAGAAAUGGCUCCAUUGUCGGUCCUCCUCAAGCAUAUUUGCGUCGUCUGUCAAUGCUGGUGGUACACACGGAGAGAAGAGGUUCUGAAAAAGAUGUCAAGAACGAAAAAUCUAAGGUAAAGGAACAAGAAAAUGAAAAAGAAUCGAGCGAAAGACUGGAAACCCCCAAAAAAUCAGCUUCAACUCAGCCAAUUUUCAAGUUGCCCUGGUCCAUGGAGGAAGACGAGUUGUUGAUCAAUAGGCGACGGAAGGAGUUAUCUUUUGCCGAGCUUUCUAUUUUACUUCCCCAACGUACUGAAGGAGAAAUAUGGGCGAGAAUCGAUGCAUUAGAGCGUCUUCGUAACGGUCAUCGUGCACUGAUGUCUCGAGAAAAUCGCAGGCGCCGGCAAUCUCUGUUGGGAUUGGAUGACGUUGACGAUUUCUAUUCGGAAGUCGAUUCAGUUAUAGGAGCAAUUGAUAGUGACGAGGAUGAUGAGGAUGAAGAUGCACUUUUGGAUGUUGAUGACAGUAUACCGGGCCAGAUGAAGAGAGCGAGAAAACGACGGGCGUCUUCGGCUGUUAACCCGCUAAGUGUUCGUGAUAACAUAAGGCGCCGGCUCCACUAG